AUGGUCCUAAGGAUGCCCCGGACCGGACAGGCUAAGGGGAUCCUGGGAGGCUGGGGGAUCAUCUGCUUGGUGAUAUCUCUGCUCCUCCAGCACCCAGGAGUCCACAGCAAGUGCUACUUCCAAGCUCAAGCUCCCUGCCACCAUGAGGGGAAGUAUUUUACCCUGGGUGAGUCUUGGCUCCGCAAGGACUGCUUCCACUGCACCUGUCUGCAUCCCAUCGGUGUGGGCUGCUGUGACACGUCCCAGCAUCCCAUUGACUUCCCGGCUGGGUGUGAGGUACACCAGGAGGCCGGCACCUGCCAAUUCUCCCUGGUGCAAAAAUCUGACCCUCGGCUGCCCUGCAAAGGGGGAAGGCCCAACCUAGAGUGGGGCUCAGCUAACACCCCUGUUCCUGGGGCUCCUGCUCCCCACUCCAGCUAA